UCAAAUUUAUUGUGGUUUUGAUUUGUUAUAGUAAAGUCAUAAAUCAAAAUUCAGAAUUAAAAUAACAUGAAAAAUAUUAUCUUGAAGAACUAAAACAAUUUCGAUAAUACAAAUGAGACGUGAUGUCUAAAACACGUAAACUUUUAUUCAACAACUACAAUUUACACGAUGAAAACAAUAGAUUAAGUUUGUGUAGAAUAUGCCUUGGAAAUGGGGCAAAAAUUCCAAUUUUCGAAAUAGAUGAUGAAGAUAACAAUAUUUUAGAAAAACUUUCAUUAUGUUUAAAGGAAAAGAUAGAAGAUGUUGAGGGAUACCCUCGUUUAAUAUGUAAAAUAUGUAAAGACAUCUUAGAUAGUGCAUACAACUUUAUUAACAAAUACAAAGACACAUGUAAAAUAUUGCAAAGUGGUAUAGAUAUAGUUAAACAAGAAACAGAAGUGCCAAUAGAAAAUGGACUGUCCGAACAAGAGAUUGAAAUUGAUCAUAUUAAACAUGAAAUCCAUCCAAUUGUGGAUUCUGUGAGCGAUGAUGAUGGAUUUAGUGAUGAUGACAAGGAGUUUCUUGCACCUUUGAAGCUGAAAAUGCAGUUGAAAGUAGAAAAUGAACCAAAAGCUGUAAAGAAAAAAAGGAUUACUCGAUCUACUAACACAAAAGAGCAGACUAAUAAAGUAGCCUCCUCGAUACUAGAGGGCCAGUUCACAUGGAAUGGGGACCAAUGGUGUUUUAAAUCAUCGAACGCAUUAAAAAAGGCGAAAGAAAAACUAAAACUACUAACAGAAAUAAAAAUAAAAUGUGAGCCCGUAAAGAAAAAACGAAUUAAAAUUGAGGUGCCCAAAAUUAAAAAAUCUUCCCAACCCGAUCCACCGAAGCUUUGUGACUUAUGUGGAGAGGUUUUCAAGAGUCAGGAUAAAUUGAACAAUCACAAAAAGAAAAUUCACUUUAAAAAAGCCAUUAAAUGUCCACAUUGUGCAAAGAUUAUAUCUUCUGAGAAUCAUUUGCGAAAGCACAUAAAAAGAGCACACACAGAACAGAAGGAUUUCAUCUGUGCAGCCUGCGGCAGAGGGUUUGCCUUCAAAGCAGAGCUUCGCAGUCAUAACAGAUCUGUGCACGAGAAACAUCUCCGUCCGAAGAAACAGUUUAAGUGUAAAAUAUGUUCAAAGACUUACAAGUGUUCUAAAUCGGUUGUUGUGCAUGAGAGAUCAGUUCACACAGGUCAAAGGCCAGCAGUGUGCACCAUAUGCGCGAGCAGCUUCUACCACGAGGAUUACCUGAAAGAGCACAUGCGUCUACACACGGGGGAAACUCCCUUCAAAUGUCCCAUAUGUGGGCGAGGGUACGCACAACGAUGUAAUAUGAAGAGCCAUCUCAGAAUACACAGGGUAUCUGAAUUAGAUGCACUCACAUUGAGUAAACUUAGACCAAAUUACUUGAGGCUACUCAAAGCCUAGGUAUGUUAUUAAUGUAAGGGCUCGUUUACACGAGCGGCACUUUGCCAACGGCGUAGGCAACGGCUGCCGUCGCCGACGGAUCGACGGCUACCGUCGACAUGUCAGCGGCAGUUGUAGUCAGCUCUCUUUAUACAGCUAGUUGCAAAAUGGAUUUCGGAAAAGAAAAAUUGUUAUUGAUUUAAUGCCGUAGACUUGGACAAAAACGUAGUAAAUUAAUUUUUAGUACAGUAAAUACAUACGAGCGGCACGUUGCCAACGGCAGAUGCAACGGCUGCCGUCGCCUACGGAUAGACGGCUACCGUCAUGUCACUAGUUGCAAUGGAUUUCAAAAAAGAAACAUUGUUAUUGAUUUAAUAGACAACAAUGUAAAACAUUAUUUUUUGUUCAAGUUCAUUUCAUUUAUGAAGGUGCGGAUGACAGUUCAUUUCACUCUUGGAAGUUUGCCGCGAUUCACAUUAUUAGUAGGUACGUAUUAUGAACGUCAUACAGGCGACUGUCACCGUACCCAUGCUAUCUAAAAAACACUAUAGUAAAUAUUGACGUGUCUUAUCUCUAUCCAUUUUUACAAUGAAACGAGCAAAUACCUACUUUUAAAUUAUUUUCUAACGUCGAUGCUUCUUUUGUCGAACUUACAUUUUUUUUUUUAAAUUCAACAAAUAGCAGUUCAACAUAGAUUUCGUUACUCAUUUCGAGCUUAUUUUGUAAGUCCACUCGUGUGCUCUCUUGAACUAUUUGCAAUCUACCGACAAAAUGAUGGAAACGACACGCUACAACAGCAAACGUCGCUAUAUUGGUGACUGCCGUUGAUAGGUAGCGACGGCAGCAGUUGGCAGUUGUCACCGUGCCACUCGUGUAAAUUAGCCAUAACUACUUACUACCCUUGCGGAUAUAGAUUGGGAUUCAUAUAUGGAGCUCAUUAUAUUACAUUACUUAGGUAAUUUUGGCAGUUGGUAUGGAUGAGUGUUGUUAUUUGCUAUUGCUAUUGACCUCUUAUAAUAAAAGGACGCACAAUCAUGUAGAAAAUGUCACUUAAAAACUGGCCAAUUUAAUUUUGGCAGUUUUAGAAUUAUUGAUAAAGAAAAUUAUAUCUAAAGGCCUUUAAAUAUAGGCCAAUAUUCAGUAUAAUCCCAAAUUCAACCUUAAGUAUUGAGUUUAAGGUUGAAUUUGCAAAUGCGACUACUCGAAUUGAGUGCCAAGAAGUUGUAUUUGGCACUCAUUGAGUGGGGAAGUUUUUUGGUCGCUGACUGUGCAUCCACUUUUUAACAGGAGAUCGAUGUAUAAUCCCGUUAUCUAAAUAUCCGCAUGGGAUAGUUAGUAGAAAUAAAGUUGCAAUAUUUAUUUUUUAAUUAAUGAAUUCUCAGAAGACCUACAAAGGAUAUACAAACUUGAUGCAGUAUUGAGUAAACUUGGAUCAUAAUCACUUGAAACUAGUUAAAAGCCUAAUCUAAAGUAUAGUAAUAAUAAGUAGGUAGAUAAUAUCAAGUAACACAAAAGUGAUCUUUUAGAAACAUAUUUUCUUGUCAUUAGAGUAAAGUUUGAAAUGGAGGCAAAAAGUGAAGGAUAGGAGACUGACCGAUUUUUUACAUGAAAAUGAACCGUUAAAUGUCCAAAUAAUGAUCUUAUUAUAUAUUUAUUAACUAGCAGAUCCGAUCAAACUUCGCUUUGACUCAUUCCCUACCCCUAUCCUAUUCUUCUCCCACCCUACCUCUACUUUACUCCUACCAUACUCCUACUCAACCCUACUCCUACCCUAAGUAUGCUGAGAACCAGGAAAAGGACAUUUUCCUGAUUCUCAGCUACCUCUUCACCAAUUUUGACCCAAAUCGAUCCAGCAGAUCUCGAAGUGUUGUAACAAACCCGACUUUCUUUCAUAUAUAUUAGAUAAUAAGAUCAUUAUUUUUGGUGUUUAUGAUAUAUUAUGAAAUAAAGGAUUUUUCGUUAUAGAAAUGACGAAGAAUACUAAAUUUCUGAACGUCCAUACACAGUGGUUGGUCUCCUUUACAUGGCGAAAACUUCUGUCAAAACCAAAGAUUUUAUACUAUUAGAUAUGUCACUAGCGCGUCGAAACUGAGGCGAAUAAAAGUAGCUAAUUGUCUUAAUUUCAUUUAAUAGUUUAAACAACGAAAAUAAUUUAAACAAAAUUAAACGAAAAUGUUCAGGAAGUGUAAAAGCUAUAUAAACAUAAAUAAACACGAAAUUAUUCAUGUGUGCGCUCAGUGGAGUACCUAAGUUCGGAACACAUUUUGUGGUGAUUUUGUAGACACGCAACAUAUUAUCUAAUAGUAUAAAAUCUUUGGCUGCCACACACUCGAGUGGCGAGGAAAGGAGGCAAAUAAACACAUGUUUUUAAAGAAAAACUGUUAUAAAUAUAGCUGUCAAAAUAUUGAUUUUUAUUAUUUUCAUCUGAUCUUCCAUGGUGCAUUAAAACAAUAUUUGUUUAAUAAAAAUAUUAUAAUAUUAAGUAUAAUUUUUGAUCUGGUUGAUUUAAAUAUUUUUGGAUUGACAGGAGAUUGUUAAAUUUUAUAUACUAAUGUGAAGCUAUUCGUUAUAUAAUUUAUUUUUAUUUGAAAAAAGGAGUGUUUCCUAAUUUUUGUUUAAA